CCGGGACCUCGGGUGGUGUCGUGCGCAGCGCACCCUCAGCGCCGCUGAUUGGCUGUCGCGCAGGGCGGGGCCAGGCUCGCGCACGCCCUUUCCCGCGGAAGUGGGUCGGGGUAGGGUGCUGCCGCGCGUCUCUCGUUCUCUUCUGCCGCCGCCGCCAUCAUGGGUCGGAUGCACGCUCCCGGGAAGGGCUUGUCCCAGUCAGCCUUGCCCUACAGGCGCAGCGUGCCGACGUGGCUGAAACUUACUUCUGAUGAUGUAAAGGAACAGAUCUACAAGCUUGCCAAAAAAGGCCUGACUCCCUCGCAGAUCGGUGUGAUCCUGAGGGAUUCCCAUGGUGUUGCCCAGGUUCGCUUUGUUACUGGCAACAAAAUUCUGAGAAUCCUUAAAUCGAAGGGACUGGCCCCAGACCUUCCAGAGGAUCUUUACCACUUGAUCAAGAAAGCUGUUGCUGUUCGCAAACAUCUUGAGAGAAACAGAAAGGAUAAAGAUGCCAAGUUCCGCCUCAUUCUGAUUGAAAGCAGAAUCCAUAGGUUGGCUCGCUACUACAAAACUAAGAGAGUGCUGCCACCCAAUUGGAAGUAUGAAUCAUCAACAGCUUCUGCCCUGGUCGCCUAAGAGCUGGCUAUGACCUACUGAAAGAAUAAAUUUUUGUUAACCAAG